AUGUGCGACACACCUGAAAGGGAUGGACACACGGCUUCCCUCCACGCGACCUCAUCUCAACACAGUAAACUCUCCAGCUUCAUGAUCACCUCCAAGCACCUCGUCACCGCUCUUGAAAAAUCUGACUGGCUUGACCGGGUUAUAAUUAUAUCUACAUUUAUGUUCUUUCUCCUCCUCGUCAUGUUCAUUUUGAAACAGCGCUUUGUGGAUCGAGGGUUGAGGAUGGCUUUGUGGUGGACAAGUUUUAUACCAGACUUUAGUGGUGACGAGGCACUGCUGAAGUCGGAGGAUGGAUUGGCAACGCAAGUUAUCGCUACUGUCAUGUCAAGUCUGUCGCUGGCGGCAUCCGCUGCGUCGUCGACGCCCUCUUCACAUGUACAUUCAACACCGACUCUAUUGCCAUCCGAAACUUUAAAUGUUGUCUCCUCUCUGAUACCUACAAAAACGGACCUAGCUGCCCACCAUACAACGGACACAGUGCAAACUGAAGGGACAGCGACGGCUCAUGUGCAUACCCCUGCUCACGUCGAGCUAUGA